AUACUGAAAACAGAGUUCCAAUAUUCAUCAGUGUAUUUAUUUUUUCAUAAAACCAAAUUUAUUUUCAAGCAUUGUGUUCUGUAAAAGUGUGUAAUAUCUACAACACAUUUAAAAUGGCUAUCAAGAUGAUAAUGUUUGUCGCUUUGUUCGGGCAUUUGGCUGUUGCAUACCCACCCACUGAGUACAAAAGUUACGACGCCGACCACUACGAUCAUGCACCUAAGCCAUAUAAUUUCGAGUACGAUGUGAAAGAUCUUCACACGCAUGACAUCAAGAGCCAACACGAGGUGAGUGACGGUCACGGUAACGUUAAAGGAUCGUACCGUCUCGUGGAACCUGACGGAUCAACCCGCGUGGUCGAGUAUACCGCUGACCACGAACACGGCUUCAACGCUGUUGUCAAAAAGAUCGACGCACCCAAUCACCACGGUGAGUAUUCUGGCACCGCAGACUACCAUCAUCAUUACGAUUCACUUCAUCCGUACGAACAAUCGUCGUACAAAUUUUACUGAAAUGUAAAAAACCGCUGAUUUUACUGGAAAAUGUGAUACCAAACCAACGUGCGGUUGAUGAUACAGACUAUUUAGUAUGCACAUCAUGUACAAUUUUUUUUAUUCAAUAAUAUAUUCUCCAUUGUUAUUAUGAAA